UAUCAUGGGAGGAAAUUACCAAGAUUUAGCUAUGAAGAAAAAUUACUUAUAAAAAACAGCAUGGAUUUUAAAGGAAUUAAUCAUUAUUCAACGUUGUUUGUCAAGGAUUGUCUUCAUUCAAAUUGUACGUGCAUGCAUGAAAAUAAUCCUACGUGUAGCCAUGGUGAAAAUCAUGCAAUCUUAGGAUUUUUGCUCACUUCUGGACAGAAUAAAGAUGGUGAAUUCAUAGGAGAUCUGAUGGGAAUGCCUGGAUUGUAUGUGGUUCCACAAGGCAUGGAGGAUAUUAUUGAUUAUAUUAAGAAGAGAUACAAUAACAUGCCUAUAUUUGUGACUGAAAAUGGGUAUGGUUCAAAUGAUAAUCAAGAAGGGGGAUAUGACUUGGACAAAGAUAUUAAUCGAAUUAAAUUUCACAAAGCAUACCUGGCAUCUUUGGCUCGAUCAAUCAGGAAUGGUGCUGAUGUGCGUGGUUAUUUCAUAUGGAGCUUAAUGGAUAAUCUUGAUUGGAAUUUUGGUUACACAAUUAAAUUUGGGCUUUAUUAUGUUGAUCCACUUACGUUGGAUCGAAGCCCAAAACUUUCGGCCCAUUGGUAUCACAAUUUUCUCACCAAUAAAUAUACAAGCAAAGAAAUCAAUAUAAGGAGUUUAAUUUUUUUAUUUUAU